AUGACGCUACUUCCGCAUUACCGGUAAACCAGUUCUUCGGAGUAAACGAAAGUAGUGUGUUCUGCGUCUAUGCGAUUUUAAUUGUGUCUAGUUUGGUCGGUUUUCAGUCGCUAAUCGAAGAUGUCGAAACCUAAAUUAAUGGUGUUCGACCUCGAUUACACUCUCUGGCCAUUCUGGGUCGACACCCAUGUCGAUCCACCUUUUCACAUCAAUGACAGUGGCACGGUGCUGGAUUCAAGAUUUGCCAAGGUUCCCAUUUAUCAUGAUACUGAAAAGAUCCUGAGCUCACUGCACAGUCAGGGCUUCAAGAUAGGCAUUGCAUCACGAACUAGUGAGACGGAAGGAGCCAAUCAGCUGCUGUCACUCUAUAAACUUGACCAAUACAUUUCCUUCAAGGAGAUCUACCCUGGUUCAAAGGUCACUCAUUUUAAAAGGCUGAAGGCUGACAGUGGCGUCCCGUUUUCUGACAUGAUGUUCUUUGAUGAUGAGGAUAGGAACAUCUUGGAGGUUGGCAGGCUGGGUGUUCACUGCGUGAAGGUUCGCAAUGCCAUCACCUGGGAUCUAGUCAAGAAAUCACUUGAGCAGUUCGGCAAGAAGCAGUGAAGGAGUCUGGUCCUGUGGAGAUGCAGCUGCUGCUAAUGAAGAAGAACCCAUUUGCUGUGCGACAAAAACGAGAUGCGUAGAGGAAUGGGAGUAUCAUGAUUAGCGCUUAUUGUUGCGCAUUAAACCCUUUUUAACUUGACUGUUAAAAGCACUUGGCAAAAUAGUUCAUUAUUUAGCUCCAUUUUAAGACAUUAAAUGAAACGGGUUUGUUCGGUCAUUUAAUAAUUUGUUCGUUAUUUAUGCGACGCACCUAGUUUUCCUAGUAAUGCACCUUUGCUUGAAAGAAAUGCUCAAUUGUAAAAAAAAAGGUCAGUAUUUUAAAAGUUACUGUAUGUCACAAAAUUUCUGUACAGUGGAAAAUGUUUUAUGUUUAUUACAUUUAUAAAACACG